AUGCCAGAAACAACAAAUGAAGAAACACUUGUCCAUGAGACAAAGCAACAACGUCACAGCCGGUUCUCAAAUCAACUAUGGCAGGCCGCGGCAACAGGUGCACUCAGGGGAACGUUAGUCGCCUUGGUCACUGGAUACGCAUUAUCGUACAAGUAUAAUCACGGCAAAAACAAACCGUACUUUCGCAAUGUCUACAAAGUCUGGUGGUUUGUAUGCUGGAACGUUGUGGGAGUUACUUUUGCCACCGAUAGAGCCAAGAUGAAUAUCGGUAGGCAGGCUGCCCUCGAAGAUGAAAUAAAGAGAAGUAAACUUUACGAAGAUGAAUUGGCAAAGUAG